CGGUGAGAAGUGAUUAUUAUUUAAAAGCGAAAUGUAGAUUCAAAAUGCAGAAAGGUAUUUUUCUCUUUUUGAUAAUUAUCAAUUUAGCUGGACUCAAAUCUUCAAUAUAUACGAAGGAGAAGAGACUGCCGUAUAUCAAUUCUGGUAAUGACAAUUUUCAUGUAGACGAAAGUAAGAAUAAAUUAGAUUGGAAUUAUGCAAAAUCAGCUAAGCACAAAUCCAAGGUCUUUCAAAGAUUUGCUCCUAAAAAGGAGGGUGAUGUCGCUCCUUCCGUUAUUAAAGAUCCAGACAUAAUAAGACAGAUAUAUCGCAGAGAUCCUGUAUUGAACGUAAUUAGAAGAAAUAAAGAUGCUAGAAGAUUGAAUGAUCUGUCAACAGAUAGCGCAUCUAGUUCAAGCUUAGAAAUGAAAAAUUGGAAAGAUGAGUGGAAAGAACAUUGGUUGCUGAAAAAACUUGAGGCCAUAAAUUCUUCAAUACCUAAGGGGGAUAAAGUCAACAUGGUGGCAGCAAGACCCUGGGGUGUGCCGUGCGGUGAUCCAAAUCAACACGAUUCACCGUGGGGUAGCUGCAUGUUGCCCAUGGAAUGUGAACCAGAAUACAGAAUAUAUAGAGGUGACUUCUACUGUGGUCGAACGAAAUUUGUCUGCUGCGGUUUGCUGAUGACUGCCUAUGAUUUAUACGCAGGCUUCGACGUAUCAUUCGAAGAUUCAAUCUUACGAACGGAUUCUGAUGAAAAAAAGAACAGAGAUAGAGGCUCCAAGGAAAGAAAGCGUAGGAAACGAAAACGUGACCAGAAACGGCGUAGACGAGAAAGAUUAAAGCGUAAACGCAAAAUAAAGAGGGACAUAAAGAAAAUCAUACGCGAAAUAACGAAGAUAUUGAACAGAUCGUUCAGAAAUGGAACAACAGCAAGAAAGAAGAAGACGAAGCAAUUGAAGAAGUUCAUAAAAGAGAUGAAGAGGAAAUAUAAGAAGGAUCGGAAAGCAGUGAAGGAUAUACAUGAAAUGGAGAUGGUACAAAUCGAUGCGGCGUUGCAGAAACGGUUAAACGAAAUAAAGGGCAUGAACCAGGAAUAUAUUAAGAACUCGACGUUCAGAGAUAUUAUAGUCAAUAGUACAAUUAAUAAGAAUACAAUGAGGAUGUUGAUGAAAGCGUAUCCUGAGUUAAAAGGAAUGCUAGGUGCUCGACGGACCGGUGGUCUACCGGACUACCUAGAAUAUGAUAUUGAAUAUGGUUUGGUUUAUGAAUAAAAAUAAAGAAAAAUGGUGUU